AUGUGGGGACCGCUAAAAACGGAUCGUUUGCGGGACCUGCUCUCUCUGCCGCUCGUGGUGGCGGUGGUGGUGUGUUGUGUGCAGAGCGCCAACAAGCCGGGGAACAUGUCCUUCGUAAAAGAAACCGUCGACAAACUGCUGAAAGGAUAUGACAUCCGUCUCCGGCCCGACUUUGGAGGUAAACCGGUUGCCGUUGGAAUGAGUAUCGACGUGGCGAGCAUAGACAUGGUGUCAGAAGUGAACAUGGACUACACGCUGACGAUGUACUUCCAGCAGUACUGGAGGGAUAAGAGGCUGGCGUCUGGCAUCCCUCUGAACCUGACGCUGGACAACCGAGUGGCCGACCAGCUGUGGGUCCCCGACACCUACUUCCUCAACGACAAGAAGUCCUUCGUCCACGGAGUCACCGUCAAGAACCGGAUGAUCCGGCUGCACCCGGACGGCACCGUGCUUACGGCCUCCGACUAG